GUUGGCAUUGAAUAAUCAAGCACAAAUACAAGGCUUAGUUCUCUGCAACUCCUUGUUGACGUUAAACUAAUUACCUACUCAGUAACUUGUUUUAAAAUAAUGCAUAACAGUAAUGCAUUACUGCAAUUAACAUAAUCACUAACAAUAAUUGAUUAUAUUGUUAUUGUUUUGACUCGAAGAAGGAUUAACACCGGUUGGCGGCCUGCAAACUGUUAUGGAAUCGACCCUUGGAAAUUCGCUUUGUUGAUGCAAACACGUUUCGAUAGCGAAAAAAAAACCUGUCGCGAUUCGCAUACUAUUAAGUUUACACGUGUGUCCCGCUCAUUAUUUAUUCGAAAUUUAAAGAUUCUUUCUCACAUUCCGUUCGGAAUCUUUACGACGCGACGACGUAUAGUUUUGUGAUUGUUUGUGUGUUGUUAAGAGAAAUGGCUGUUGCUCAUCAAGGAAAGAUCGUUUUGUAUUCCUACUGGAGAAGCUCGUGCUCUUGGCGAGUGAGAAUAGCACUGAACCUGAAAGAAAUCCCUUACGAUAUCAAACCAGUGUCGCUGAUAAAGGCGGGUGGCGAGCACCACUCGAACGAGUACAGAGAAAUCAACCCCAUGGAACAAUUGCCCGCCUUGCACAUAGACGGGUGCACCUUAGUGGAGUCCCUUAGCAUAAUGCAGUACCUGGAGGAGACGCGCUUGCAACGCCCUCUGUUGCCUUCUGACGUCGUUAAACGGGCCAAAGUAAGAGAAAUAUGCGAAGUAAUUGUUUCGGGGAUUCAGCCUUUACAGAAUUUGUCCGUCCUCAUUCACGUGGGCGAAGAGAAGAAGGACGCUUGGGCUAAACAUUGGAUUACCCGAGGGUUCAGGGCGGUCGAAAAGCUACUAGGUUCCAGCGCUGGAAAGUACUGCGCCGGCGACGAAAUCACUCUGGCCGAUUGCUGCCUGGUACCCCAAGUGUUCAACGCCCGGCGAUUUCACGUCGACCUAAGGCCUUUUCCUAUCAUUUUGCGAAUCGAUAGAGACUUGGAACGGCAUCCCGCUUUCGUCGCUGCCCAUCCCAGCAACCAGCCAGAUUGUCCUCCGGACACUAAAUGAUAAGAUUUUGUAAUAAAUUAAAACGUUUAAUAAAAUGGGGUUUUCAAUUUAGUUCAAUCAGCAAUCAGCAGCAGUACUAGACUUCAGU